CAUGGAUAUAAGACACUACAGUGUUAGUAGUUAAAGUAGAUAUGGGUAGUAGAGACAAAAAUGGUCAGUUAAAGCUACGCCGUGUGUGCGCCCGCAGCAGUGCUCGUGGGCUCGUGGGCUCGUGGGUAAAAGUCAGUGCCCUACAUGGACACCCCCAGUAAAAUAGACGUCUGGACACGCCGCUGUUUAAAAUCACUCUAUUAGGCUCCUUAAAUCAAUAAUUAGGUGCUAAAAUAAAAGAAAAGUUGUGUCUGUCACAAUUAAAACUUUUAAAAUGUUAUCUUAGUUCGUAUAAAACUGCAACCGGUCUCAUUCUGUGUCUCUGGAUGCCACUAUGAACUAUUAUUGGGCUGGCGACGCCUCAACGCGUGGAGCUGAGUGAGGUGCCACAUCCCACUGAGACACCGGGUCCUGGUGAGUACAGGGUCAUUUUGGUGGCAACACGAGGGAGUCACGAUGACGGGCAGCAUAGAGGGAGUCGAGAGGUUUGACAGUCCCGGUAAAGGGCGAGGUCUGCGCGUUACUAGAGCCUUUAAGCUUGGAGAGCUGCUGUUUUCCAGCCCGGCGUACUCUUUUGUGCUGUCAGUGAAGGAGAGAGGCUGCUACUGUGAGUUCUGCUUCACCGGGAAAAAGGGCUUGGCAAGAUGUGGGAAAUGCAAGAAUGCCUUCUACUGCAAUGCAAAAUGCCAGAGAGGGGACUGGGCCAUGCACAAGCUAGAGUGCUCUGCCAUGACUGCAUUCGGAGAGAAAUGGUGCCCGUCAGAGACAUCCCGCCUGGCGGCUCGGAUCCUCGCCAAGAAGAAAACACAGAAAGAAAGAUGUGCUUCUGAGAGGAUCUUACUCAUAGGAGAGAUCCAGUCACAUGUGGAGGACAUUGAUAACGACAAAAGAGAGAUGAAUGAGACAGACAUUGCCGGACUGCAUCGUUUUUUCUCCAAACAUUUGGAGUUGCCCGACCAUAAAGACCUUGUCACACUCCUCUCCCAGGUUGCCUGUAAUGGUUUCACUAUAGAGGAUGACGAACUGUCCCAAAUGGGUACUGCAGUCUAUCCAGACAUUGCACUGAUAAACCACAGCUGUCUUCCCAGCGUCAUAGUCACAUAUAACGGGACGUCUGCUGAGGUUCGGGCAGUGCAGAACAUGAAGCCUGGAGAUGAAGUGCUCAUCAGCUACAUAGACCUCCUCUAUCCAACAGAUGACCGCAACAGCUUGCUGAGAGAUUCUUACUACUUCACCUGUGAUUGCCAGGAAUGUAAAACCAAAUCAAAGGACAAGGCAAAGUUGAAAGUUCGUAAGCAGAGUGAUCCCAUUGAGCCGCACGUGAUCAGCAACAUGGUGCGCUACGCCAGGAAAACCAUCAAGGAGUUCCGGGCCCUUAAACAAAUAAGAACCCCUAGUGAGCUGCUGGAGAUGUGUGAACAGAGCUUGGAGGAGAUGGGAGCCAUCUUUGAUGACGCCAAUGUUUACAUGCUCCACAUGAUGUACCAGGCCAUGGGGGUUUGUCUCUACAUGGAAGAUCCAGACGGAGCAAUCAGAUACGGAGAGAAGAUCCUCAAACAUUACAUCAAACUGUAUCCACCAUACUCUUUGAAUGUGUCCUCCAUGUACCUGAAGUUGGGCAGACUGUACAUGGGACUAGAUAGGAAGUCAGUGGGCAUCAGCGCUCUCAAGAAGGCAAUGGCCAUAAUGGAGGUGGCUCAUGGGAAGGAUCACUUCUACAUGACAGAGCUGCGCAAAGAGAUGACACAGAAUUGAGGAGAAAGUUAAGAAGUAACACGAGUAACACGGUGGAUCCGUAGAGACUGCAUAUACUUCUGUGGCUGGGAGCUUUACAAAACUGAAGGCACUUUCUACUCUUUUUGUUAAGAGAGGCAAAAAUAGAGAGCGUUCAUGUUUUUAUACAAGGUACACGGUAGGGUUGUUUUAUGCAAUCUAAUUAUUUUUUAAUUUCUGGAUAAUGAACUUCUGAGUGUUAUGUUUGCAAGAAAUCAUCAAGUUUGUUGAAUGUUGGAUACUUUUGUACCAAGCAUGAAUUUAAAGUUUAGUUAUAAAAUCUGAAAAUGUGACCAGUUCUUUUUACCCAUUGUGACCAUUAGGUCUUAAAGAAUUACAUUCUUAACUGUUAAUGAUUUCCUGUUUUGUUUUGGCUUGCGACUGACGCGUCAGCUGGACCUUUCAUCCCUCAGAGUGCAGUUGUUUACAUUUGUGUGUAGGGGCGUCAAUGCAGCUAAAUCCCUGUCAGCCAAUCAGGACAGCUGCUUCACCACAAGGGCCCUAUUAAAGCUGCAGAAUGUGUCCGAGUCACGGUAGAGGGCUGCUACAGAGUACUGUGUUUGCAUUUAGCACCUUGUUUGCGAGAGAAACCCUCUCCAACACACACACACACACACAUUGUUAACAGCUGAAGGAAAACAAUUAAAAAAUAAAUGAAUUUGUGGUCACAGUCUUAAAGAAAAUAAGGCUUUAUUGCAUAAUAAGCAAGUACGACAGCUUCAUACAUGUCUGGGGAGAGAAAAACAAAAGACUUGAUGCACUGAAAACGCAUAUACAAAACAUAUGUACACAUACUUUGAAAGGUAUUUGGGAGUUUUGCCAAAAGGAAAAAAAAAUUAGGGGAAAAUUAAAUAUAAACAAACAGUGGAAUGCCGUGUACGGAAAUACUGUCACAGAGACAACAGAAGUGCAACAAAACACUUAUAUGUCGAGAGAGCAUAAAGCUUAUACUUAUUUGAGAAUAUAUACAUUGAAAUAUAAAAACGCAUGCAUAGUUUAUUAAUUUGCGGUAUUUUUAGGGUACCAAGUCAAAAAAAGGAACUAUAUAAAACAAUUGUAGAAAUCUUUUCUCACAUGCCCAUUAUGUACAAAGUUACUUUGGACACGGCUGGCUUUGCAUCACGAAAAAUAAAAAGUAUAUUUAACGUUAACAUAUAAAAGAAAAUUCUUCAGAGUGUAAUUUUAUAAACAGGAUCCAGGAA